GCUACAGCGCAUGCUCAUGCGCCCCCCUAAAAUACUAUUUGCGGGCGCUGCGCCAUUUCUUUUUCGUUUGUUCGUCGACGUGGAAACCUCGUCGCCAUGACGUCAAAAGUAUCCCGUGACACGUUCUACGAGUGCGUUAACGCCGUUUUGGAUCACUCGAAAGAAAAGAAGAGGAACUUUUUGGAGACCGUGGAAAUCCAAAUCGGUCUGAAGAAUUAUGAUCCCCAGAAGGACAAGCGUUUCAGCGGCACCGUCAAACUAAAGCACAUUCCAAGGCCAAAGAUGCAAGUAUGUGUGCUUGGUGACCAACAGCAUUGUGAUGAAGCCAAAGCCAACAAUGUUCCCUUCAUGGAUGUUGAAGCCCUGAAAAAAUUGAACAAGAACAAGAAACUUGUCAAGAAAUUGGCUAAGAAGUAUGAUGCUUUCCUUGCCUCUGAGGCUCUCAUCAAACAGAUCCCAAGAUUGUUGGGUCCCGGUCUCAACAAGGCUGGCAAGUUCCCUGGUCUUUUGACCCAUCAGGAAUCUAUGACUCAGAAGAUUGAUGAAGUUAAGGCCACCAUCAAGUUCCAGAUGAAGAAGGUAUUGUGCCUUUCUGUGGCUGUUGGUCACGUGGACAUGAGCGUGGAUGAGCUUGUACAAAACGUGCAUCUCGCCAUCAACUUCUUGGUGUCUCUGUUGAAGAAGCACUGGCAAAACGUUAGGUCCCUGCAUGUGAAAUCAUCUAUGGGACCACCACAAAGAUUGUAUUAAUUUACAUUUUAUACUAUAACUUACGUACAUUAUCUGUAUGUAUGUAAAUAGACGUUUAAAUACAAA